GAUGCGUUUCACACUCGGAUCUUUUGCAGUUUUAUUGUGUUGUGUCGCAUUAGCGGAGGCCUUCAUUGAUUGUCGGUGCUUGUUGCCCCGGGGAUCGGCGACAGGCGUUACGUGGUUCAGCGUCUGUAGCUUGCCAGGCCGUGAAGAAAAACACGCCGAGCAAUGUCCUUAUGGCCUGACGAAGGAUUUCUGCCGCUGCUGUGACGUGUGCGCCAAGGGUCUAGGUGAUACAUGCUACGAAGGAUUUCCUGCGCGAGGUCAACCGAUGGGAUGCGCCGAGAAUUUGGUUUGCGCAGGGACGAUACCGGGAACAUAUAACUACCGAUGCGUGAGAAAUGUCACAGCUGAAACGCUGUUCGAAAAUUUUCACGACAACGCUGGUCGAGCAUUGGAUGACGUCACCCAGGAUUCUGGCAACGAGGAAGCUGACAACGCAUCUAGCAGAGCAGAUGUUAGCGAUGACAUUAACAGCAACGAGGCCAGCGCGCACCCGGGCAGCGUGCGUGAUGCGCACGGAGACAGCGCAGAAAAUGGUGACGUCAUUAAAUCGAAAUAUCACCGAGAGCACAGUGACAUGGACAACGUUUCGCACGACGUCGAAGAAAGUACAACGACAGCGGAUGGUGGACAGCAUGACGUCAGAGAUUCCAUCAAGCGUUCGAUUCGGCGAAGGCUUCAUCACAGAAGAAUGGCGUACUCUUAAGAUAUGGGCCGCACGCUAGCUGCAUUAAUACAACGACUAUACGAUACGUUCUAUAACGUACCGAUAAGGAGCCACACUGGUCCAAUUUUUACCAUGAACAAUAAUGAUUGCUGUUUUCCACGUUCGUCUCUUUUAUUAAAUCGCAUGCUAACUAGAGGUGUCUCACUAGAGGAAUCUAACUAGUGUAAUUCUCCAGACUCCAAUUUUCCUAGGAA